AGUUGUUUCUUCUCCAUCACUGACUCCAAACCCCUACACAUGCCCUCUACCUGGACCGUAGACGAUACUGAUCUCGACGGUAUCGACCUUGAGUCCUCCGACUUCUCCGCCUGCCUCCCGCUCAAGAAGGUUCCCAACGGUGACCUCUUUGCGGCCUCCCGCGCCGGCGACGUCGAUCGUCUCCGCUACCUUCUGGAGUCCGGCGUCAACGUUAAUGCUCGUGACCAGUGGGAUUCCGUCGCGCUUUAUUAUGCUUGCCUUGCUGGUCAUCUGGAUGCGGCAAGGAUGCUGCUCGAGAAUGGGGCUAUCUGCUCCGAGCAUACAUUUGAUGGGGACAGAUGCCACUAUGCGGCGUUGAAUUUGAAGGUUAGGAAGUUGCUCAAGGCGUUCGAGGCUCGUCCACCGCCUCUGGGACCUUUGCAGGCCGCGCUUAGGCAAACUUUCUUGGGGUGUGUUGCAAACCGGGCGUAUCUAGAGCAGGCCCAGGGUGCCUUGAAAGUUUCAUUUCCAGUAGGUCUUGCAUCCAGUGGAGUAUCUGAUACCAGCCUUUUCCCCCCUGACGUGGUAUUUGCUGUUCAAGGCAGCCCUAUUGAAGCACACAGAGUUAUCUUAAGUGCCCGAUCACCCUUUUUUAAAAGAAAGUUUGAGACAGAAUGGAAAGACCGAGGCAAAAUAAGGUUCUCAAAGGAAAAGUUGUCAUAUCCAGCUCUCUACAGCCUUAUCCACUUCUUCUAUUCUGACAGACUAGAGGUUGCUGUAGAUGAUAUGGAAGGCCUUGCAAGAAUUUGCAAAGUCUGCAAAUGUGAAUCCUUACAAAGGAUUAUUGAGAAAGAAAUGAUUCACCAAAAAUAUGCUGAGCACAAAGCUUUGAGAGAUGUGGAUAACUCUCAAAAACGGUAUAUUUUACAAGGCUUGUCCCUCCCUAAGGAAGACAGGCUUCCAGAUGCGUUGAAUCGGCUCCUUCAAAUUUCCCUCAUAAAAUCUGCUAUUUGUCAUAACUUGGAUAAUUAUGUCGAUAGACUUUCAUCUUGUUUCAGCACAAUGCAGAUAAGUCAAUCCAUGGAUGAUCUUGCAGAUAUGUGUGUGAGAGUUGAUAAAAAAAAUUUUCGUUGCCACCAGGUAAUUCUAGCAUCAAGAUCAGACUACUUCAAGGCAAGAUUAUACCGUAUGAAGGAUUUUCAUGAAGGGAAAAAUGACUUGCCUAAUGAUACCCUUCCAUGUCUUGAAGAACAUGAUUUGAGUGCUGAUGUGUUUGAGAAAAUGGUUGAGUAUAUGUACACUGAUGGUUUGAAGGAUGUAGAUCCAGAUCAGGCAGACGAAAUAUUUGAUGCUGCUUCUCGGUAUCUAUUAUUUCCUAUGAAGCGUGUUGUAGCAGAUGUACUUUUACCACAGUUAGAGGUGGUCUCACCUGCAGAACUGUGCAACUGGCUGAUAUUAUCAGACAUGUAUGGUGUUUUCAAGAUACGGGAAUAUUGUCUGGAUUCAAUUGCUUGUAACUUUGAGACAUUUGCUGACACUCCUGAGUUUCGAGCAAUGCUUUUGACACUGCCUCCGCCAUCUGGAGAUUCCUCACUUCGAACCACGGCUCCAAGUGCUCCAGGAGCUGUUGUAAAUGCAGACCAAGGAAAUCUUCUGGACGAUCUGCGAGAAAAAUGGCUUGAAGCUGAAGCUGCUGAGCUUGACAAGAGAGAUGAAAGUGCCUUACUUUUUGAUAAGCGCCUAGAGAUGCUUAUGCUUGUGGCCGAACAAGAAAAAUCAGAUAAUCUUGCUGUUGUUAAUCAAGAUUGCACAACAUGAUCUUUAUUAUUAUUCUUUUUUUCUUUUUUAUCCUUACACCAUGCGAACUUCUGGACUUGUAAAACUAUACAUUUUUUGUAGCUGCAUCUAUAGAUUUACUGUUUUUCGGUGAUGUUUAAAUGUUUAGACCCAAACACUGGAAUGGAGAAAUGGUCAUGGCGACCAACAAAAAUGCUAAUGCUUA